GAUAACAUAAUCAGAGCCAUGAAAACUGUUUAAAAGCAAAAAGAAGCAGAAGAAGAAAAAACCAGUAAUAAAAAGCAGAAAAUAAGAUAACCCAAGUUAUAAUCUUGGACUCAAAUGCUGCUGUUUCAUCUGUUAGUGAAAGUCAAGAAAGUAGAAGAUGGUCAGCUGAGAUUCUUGAUUACAAGGUAAAGGAGCAGAAUCACGAUCACAUGGACAGUAACAGUACAGUUAUGGAUUUGCAUGCAACUAAAUUUGCUGGGGUUCAUAAGAGAAAAUGUGGUAAAUAUGGUGCUGCAAUUAAAGAUCCUAUUAAGAAAAAAAAGGUUUGGUUGGGUAGCUUUAAAACUGCUCAAGAGGCUUCCAACGCUUAUUUGGCGAAGCAAUCUGAAUUUGCUGCACAACUAGAACCAGUCAAGGCAAAUCAAGACUCUAGUAAAAGUAAAUCCUCUGCUUCUGCCACUGCCCAGCUCAUGCAAAAAAUUCCAUCUUCACUGCUCAAACCCCAGGGCUCAAAUUCCACUAACACAACUAGUGCUGCUGAAAGAAGCAAAGCCAAUGGUAAAAAUCCCUUUAUUAGGGAGAUAAGAAAAGACCCUUUUCAGGAAAAACAGGGAACAAGAUCAUCAUCUGAUGGGUGUAAUAGUAAUACUGUAACAACAAGCAAUACUAAAGCAAAAAUAAGCUUACAUGGAAUCCGAAGGCAAAAGAACGGCAAGUAUGGUGCUGUAAUUAGAGACCCCAUUAGUCUUAAGCGAAUAUGGUUGGGCACUUUUGACACUGUUGAAGAGGCUUCAGAAGCUUAUUUCUCCUACAAGUCUGAGUUUGAUAAAUUAUGCCAGCUGGGAAAUAAGGAGAAUAAACCAAAGGAUUGUGGUCAAAUUCAGCACGAAUCGCCUGUUGGCGCAUCGUCGUCCUUAGAUACUGCUAGUGUAGGUAGAAAAAAAAGACACAAAACAACACAUAUCAUUGGGGUUCACAAGAACAAGUGGGGGAAAUAUACAUCUGAGAUUACAAACCCCAUCACUAAGAAAAAAAUUUGGUUGGGGACUUUUCAUACUGCUGAAGAGGCUUCCCGGGCUUAUCAAUCUAAGAAACUCGAGUUUCAGAAACUAGUCAGCGCGAAGGAGCCGCAAAGUACUAAUAAGCAAACUCAUUCGAAGCAACAUGGGAAAAAGAAAUUAGUCAAUGGCAAGCAAAGCCAUGUAAAUUGCGAAACAUUUCAAAGUGGCCAAAGGAUUGAUUCUUGCGAGCAAAGCCACUCCAUAAGUAUGACAAGAAAUUUGUUGGGGACUAGUCUUGGCACAGCUGAAGAAGCUUUCCAUGCUUAUCAUCAGUUUAAGGAAUUCGAUUUUCAGUGCUCAACAAAGGCCGAGCUGCAAAGCAAUGUGCUAACUGAUUCUAGUGGAGGGGAGAAGAAGCAAGAAGGUCAAGUUGAUGAAGAUUUGUGGAUGGGACAAUGGGUACAAGUUCCAGGUGGUAGUGAAGUCAAAUUUUCGGUGAAACUCGGCUUACCAAUCAUUGAUAACUAUGGAUCUCUUUUAGGUGAGUUCAGCUGUUUGGAUGAUCUCAGUAUUUGUUACACUGAUGAUGAAUGUUUUGCCUAGCUUAUAGUUUCUAAGUUUUUGAAUUGCAAGAAGUUUUUUGGGUUGUUUAUAGUCUUAGGACUCUUGUAGAUAGUAGUAAUAUGUAAGCUUCUUGCAAUUUUUGGUCUCAGUCAAUAUCAUAUUGACGCAUGGUAUAUAUGUGCAUAUAUUAGUAAAAAAAGUAGCCUUG